GAAAUUCAAAGAAAAGGUGGCAAAAUUUUUUGGUUGGCAACCAGAAAAUGGUGACAGACUGCCACAAUGGCCCGAAUUUAUAAGUAAAUAUUUUAUGUCCAUCUACGUCCUACAACUUGUAAGUACCCAAAAAGAGUGCCCGGAACAAAGUUGUUCUAGAUUACUAAACAAGUUGAAACACGUUUUAGGCCUAGAUCUACACGCACACUUCGAAUUCUGUGUUGUUCGAACGCCAAAGUAAAAGUGUUGUUCUCUCUAACCGGAUGCAGCGAAAAAGUUUACUGUUGUGUUUUGACUUGGCUAGGCUACGUUGGGCCUCGCUCAUGUUGUCGACCACAGCUUCAUCAACGGUACAUCCUAAUAACAUCACUGGCUGGAUCAGAGCCACACAAAUAGGUUACGAAGGCCAAUAAGUUAUGGCUUCGACCGGUAUUGUUGAUACAGGGUCAUCGAAAGCUAUAUUUGAACGGAAUAAGAUGGAGUAUGAAGAAAUGCGGAGGAGAUUGUUGGAGACCGAAGAAAAGCUGCAAAACUUGCGAAAGCUGGAGGAGGAGGUGCAGAGUGUUAGUUCUGAAACAACUGAUAAAAUUUCAUCUGUGAGUAAUCACCGAUCUCGACCAUACAAGUCAUGGUCUCAACAGGAUGACAUAGAAAGUAUUUCAUCUGCCCUAAGCACUGUGCCUGGUUCCUACUCACGGUUUCCUAGUCACAAGAUGUCUUCCAGUACUCCAAGCAAGAGACAGAUGGCAGGGAAAUCAAAAUUUAGAAGUGAUGGCUUUGAGUCUGACAGCUCCUCAGAGUCAACGAAAGAGAACCGAGGUGGAGAUAAGUAUGAGCGCAAACUGCUUUUACAAAACCAGAGGCUUUUGUUGGAAGUUGAGCGACUGAUUGGUGACUUGCAUGCUUCCAAGGUGGAGAAUGCCUCUCUUUUGAAAGAAGCUGAUGGAGUGAAGAAGAUCCCUGAUCUGGAGGAUAAAAUUGAAGAACUUCUCUCUGAAAGUCAGGCUCAGGACAAAGCACUGCGGGCAGCAGAGAAACAUUUGGAUGAAGGAUCAAAGAGGAACUCAGAGUUACAGAAGAAGCUGGACGAAUGUCAGGCUGAGGUUUCUGACCUGCGAGCAGAGCUUGAGGAGCACAAGGAGACGAAAAAGGCGAUUGAGAGUCAGAGAGAUGAAGCUGUUCAGAACCUCAUAGAAAUGCAGGACUCCUUAGAAGAUUAUCAAAGAAGAACAAAGGAAAAAAUUAAAAAGCUGGAGCAGAGUGAGGACCAUCUGAGAGAUGCCCUCGCCUCCGUCUCACAAGAGCGGGAUGAUCUACUUGAACAAUUGGGUGAUGUACAGACCUCUCUAGCUUCUCAAGAGGCUCAGAUUAAUCGUUUGUUGCAUGAUGUGGAACUGGAGGAUGCGAAGAAGCAAAAGGCGGAACAGGAGAACGAGAGUCUGCUGCGACAACUGGAUCAGCUAACUGCUCAGCUCAAUGACUUUGAGAAAGAAUCCAAGAAAAGUGAAUCAAUGAGGCAGGAAAAACUGCUCCUUGAAAAAGAACUUUCCGGACAUCGGGUUGUGGCUCAAGAUGUGGCAGAACUGCUGGCUUUGUUUCAAAAAAAGCAAAAUAAAAACACACAGAAUGACAGUGGGAAUGACAGCAUCCAGACCUUCGCAGGCGUGUCCCAGCGUGAUGCGUUGCUGUACGAUGCUUGUCUCAACGCUGCAGCUGCUGAGCUCAACAAAAACAAUAAUGGUUUGGACAGUGUUGCAAGUGCACUUGUGGGAGUGAACACUAACAACAAUGGCUUUGGCUGUGAAGGUUCAUCGAUGAUUGGAGAACUCAGAACACUCUUCUGUAACAUGGAUGGUGAAAUCCAGCGUCUGCGAUGUGAUCUGAAGUCGCGAGACUCUGACGAUCGCACAUACCAGAACCUGCGUGAGGAGCUUAAAAUCCUGAUGGACAAAGUGGAGGGAGGCAUGCAGAGGAACCAAGAGCUGGAGUGCCUGGUAGUGAACCUAGAAGAUGACAAGAAGAACUUGGAGGCCAAGCUGGAUGAUGCCUUGCGGGCUCUAGAAGACCGGGAUCGCCAAAUUCAGUGCCUGGACACACGGCUCAACGAGCGCAACCGACAGGUCAUCUGUCUACAGGAGGACAUCAGCGACAAAGCUCAGAGAAUCAGCUCACUAGAGAAGGAGAUCAGAGAGUUUAAGAAGAGGAUUGAUGAUUUAACGACUGCAGACGUGAGCAAUGAGUUAGAGAUGGCUAUGGAGAGGAUCAAGGAACUGGAAGAAGUCCUAUCCUGCAAAGAAAGUGCCAUCUGUGAGCUGCAGAUGAAGGUGUCCAACCUGCAGAAAGAUAUGAAGGCAGCUCAGACCAAGUAUGAGAAGAAGAUCUCCUGUCUUUGUGACCAGGUGCAGGAGUACCAGAGACAAGUGGAAGUGAUGUCGGAGGAAAAUGAAACUGUACGACAGAAGCACAGCUGCUGUAGCAAAGCCCAAGAUGACAUGCGACGCACUAUCCGCAGCAAAGAGGACUGUAUCAAACAGUUGGAGUCAGAAAUUGAGGAACUCAAGAUUACGCUGGAGGAGAAAGAGAAACUGAGCGUGAAGCUUCUGGAGAGCUGUCAGGACAAGCUGUUCAAGAGCAAUGAGCAAGUGCAGCAGCUAGAGAGUGCACUGAUGAUGUGCAAGAACGAGGUCUGCAAACACCUGCAGACCAUGGAGGAGAUCAAGAACCACUUUGAGUACGAGUGCACUCAGAAGGACAAUUGUAUCAAGCAACUGAAUGAGAGCUUGCGUAGGACCAAAGAAGAUCUGGAGUGUAAGGUGGAUGAGGUGUCUGGCCUGGAGCACACUGUCAUGACACUCAAGUGUAAGAUAGAACAGCUGUUCAACUCGCUGAAAGAGUCGGAGAACAACAACGCUUGUCUUACAGAGAAGCUGAAGCAAUGUGAGAACCAGAAUCUGCAGGAGAAGGCGUGCUGCAUGAAGGAGUCGGAGGAGCUCGAGCGCAAACUUUCGCAGGCCCUUAACAACUUGAACUGUACCUCCGGGGAAAUCAAUAAGCUGAAGAACCAGUGUCAAGAAAAGUCGAACCAGAUUGACAACCUUACAACAGAGAAGAACAGCGUCACUCGAGACCUGCAUUCGUGCAAACAGAAAGCCUGUGAACUACAGGACCAGCUCAACAAGAUGGAGGCGGACAACACAGAGCUGUGCCAACAGCUUCAUCACAAAAUGGAGUGUAUCAAGGACUUGGAGACAGCUCUCUGUAACAAAGACCAUGAGCUCAAGGCUUGCACUAGGUGCCUUGAAGAGCUGAACAACAAACUGGCAACGUGUUCAUCAAACCAGGCAGACACCAAAGCAGAGAUCAAUUGUCUGAUGGACAAACUCAAGGCCUGCUGUGACGAGCUGCUCAAGAAAAACCGACUGCUCUGCGAAUGUGAGGAAGCCCUGAAGCAUUGCCAGACAGAAGUUCAGGCAAAAUGUGAGGAAAUACAGGGACUCAACUGUCAGUUGGAGGAGGUCAACUGCAAACUGCAGGAGAGGAUUGUGAAGGUCGAGGAACUGGAGAAAGCCAUUGAGGCUUUGCAUAAAGAAACUGACAAGCGAAUGAAGCGUGUGGAUGAGCAGCUACGUCGCUAUGAGUGUGAGCUCACAGACAAAGUCAGACAGCUAACUGACUUAGAUGAGUGUCUGAAUCGGUGCCAGCACAACUUGAACGAGAAGACCAACGAAUGUUGCCAGUUGGAACAGAGGAACAACCGCCUCUGCGGAGACAUGCAGACUCUUUCCUGCAAACUCAGGGACAUGGAGGAGCAACGCGAUUGUUGUGGCAAACAGUUGAGCGAGUCCAAGGCUGAGAAUGCAGAGAUCACUCAGGAAUUGCGAGUCACACGGGAGGAGCUGCAGACACAGCACCAAGAGCUGGUGGAAACGCGGCAGGCGCUGACGUGCUGUAACCGCGAGGUGGAGAAAGCACGGCGGGAGAUUGAUGAGCUCAAUAAUAUAUUCGAGAAAAAAGAAUGUGAGAUGAAACAGCUUUGUGAAGAUAAGAACUGCCUGCUGAAUAAGAUAGCUCAUCUGCAGUGUCGUAUGGAGUCUGAAGCAGCUCAAGCGGCACAACAGAUGGCUGACCUCAAGUGUCUCAUGGAGAAAGAGAUGGAGAGCAUGCGGUUGUGUGUGACGGAAGUGGAGGAGAAAAACUCUUGCUUGAUGCAGAAGUUGACCACUACCCAGCGGCAGCUGCAGCAGGUGGAGAAGUGUUGCCACCAGAAGUUAGACAGCCUCAACCGCGAACUUGAGGAUCUGCUUAAUCGCCUGGCGGACAGAGAGGACCAGAUCGCCGCUUGCAAGGAUUGCAUCAACAUGAAGGAAUCUGAAAUUAUGCGCUUGAAAUUGCGUUUGUGCAACUGUGACCGGAACUGCAGCAACAGCAACCAAAUGGAUCGUAACAGUGAAGAUGUUGAUGGAGGUCGGCUGAGCCCCCCGGUACAGGACGACAUUGGCAUGCCUAACCAGGGCAAGAUGGUGGCUAUAACUGCACAGGGCAGAAACUCUCAGCUGGACAGUGACCUUGACAGUGAGGAUUUUGUGGAACAGUCCAACCGGCUGACACUCAGGCUGAUGCAGCCCAAGAGUGGAGCAGACACUGGAGGCCACGGUGCUAGCAGGUCAGAAGACGACUGGCUUCCCCAGCAGCCGAUGAGGGUGCAAGGUGAAGACCAGCUUGAGGAUCAAAGUAGUGAGGACCACAACUCCUCAAGUGCCAGAAACAGCUUAGGGGUCUCAGAAGUUCAAGAGAGAUUACGGUCAAACCAACGCUUGCAGAUGGAAAUAGAGAAACAGCUGAAAUCACUUGGAGAAAAUAUAACUGAUGAUUUACAUCAAACAGAUCAGUAUUAAAAUAUUAUGUCCGCAGGUCUUUUCAGAAAUGUUUAUUUUAUAUAUGUGCGUAUAUAUCUGUAUAUAUACGAAUAUACAUCUAACAUCUGAUUUCCUGAAUGUUAACAAUCUCGCAGGCGCCCUCUUUUAUUUAAAUAUUAAUAAAAGGAGACGUAAAACUGAAAA